AUGUACCCAGGCAAGGAGACAGCGAUGGAUGAGGCCAAACAAGACCACGAGAACGGCCCGGGCCUAUACACUCUAGGCCUAGCCUGCUGCAUCGGCAUCAGCGUAUGCGGCACGUACACCCAUCACCACCAACGCGCGGGCGAGGAGGCCCGGCCCAACGCGUUCAUGGCGCACCUAGCCGACGGCCCAGCCAUGGAGAGGACGUGGCAGUCGCUCAAGCGCCAGGUCGACGGCGCCAAGAGGGACGGCCUUGCGCAGCUCAGGAUCCAGGUCUGCGUGGUCGACCCGGCCACGCUGGGGGAGGACGAGGCCCCCGGGAUGCGAUGGUCGCAGGGCAUGAUGGACGAGCAGGGGAGGCUGAACGAUGAUUACAUCAGAAAGGCUGCCGCGCUGCGGGACGAUCGGGGCUCUCGGUUCCGGGUUGCGGUUCACCGGCAUCAUAUCAAUGAGGUUGUUGACAUGCGGAUUACGCGGGAUCGGAGGAUGCUGGUUGUUAAGGCUUGA